AUGCUGAACCCAGUGUACCAGAGUGGCCUGAGUGGCCUGAGUGGCCUGGGAGGCCAAGGUGGCCAAGGUGGCGGCCAGGGAUUCCCAGUGUUUUCCGGCCCACCUUUUCCUCACUACGCCCCAGAAUCCAUGUAUGAGCCCCUGCCGUCCCACCAUCCGCCCUACAGACCGUACGACUACUACCAUCUGCUGCUGCAGCCCAUGGUGCUGUCUUCAAUUUCUGGUCCUCCCUCAGUAUACCCAUCUACAGGUUCGUCGCUAGCGCCCAUGUCUAUGGGCCCCAGCCUGGGGCUGUCUGCGUCGUCGUUUGGCCACGGCCAUCUGUACGCAGACAUUCUGAACCCGCUCCUGGUGGGCGGGAUGCCUCCACACGGGAGCAGCACUAUGAGUUACCAGCCGAUGCCGCAGCAGGUGGUGCAGCUGGGCCAGGGUGGUGGAGGACCCCCAACGCAGGGCUACUAUCGCCAGAGUGCCUCUUUAGCGGGUACCCACACGCCAGCGAGCCGCUAG